AUGGCCAUUAUUUUGAGAUUUGUUACUCUAGAUGGUUUUGUUAAAGAGAAAUUCUUUGAUCUUGUGCAUGUCACUGAUACUUGUGCAACACAUUUAAAGAAAGAAUUGAUUUCUGUCAUUUCUCAUUAUAAUCUCCAAGUUGAAAAUAUUAGGGUCAAGGGUAUGACGGUGCUAGCAACAUGCGGGGGUGAGUGGAAUAGUUUGCAAGCUUUGUUUCUUAAAGAUUCUCCCCAAGCAUCCUAUGUGCAUUUUUUUGCUCAUAGGUUACAAUUAGCAUUGGUAACAGCUUCAAGAGAGGUACUUCAAAUUCAUGAAUUUUUUACUCAAUUAAACUCUAUUGUCACUAUUGUUAGUGCUUCUUCAAAAAGACAUGAUCAAUUACAAGAAGCUCAAACAAUUGAAAAUGCAAACUUGGUUGCUCAAAAUGAAUUAGAAACAGGCAAAGGUGCGAAUCAAAUAAGCACUUUACAAAGAGCUGUGGAUACUCGAUGGAGCUCUCACUUUAAUUCUAUUUGCAGUUUGGUAAAAAUGUUUACUGCUACCAAUAUUAUUCUCAAUAAUAUCAUUGAAGACGGGACAACUUAUGCACAAAGAGGUGAGGCUUAUGGUGUUAGUAAAAUAUUAUUGUCAUUUGAAUUUGUUUUCACUUUGCACUUGAUGAAAGAGAUUAUGGGAAUCACUAAUGUUCUUUCCCAAGCAUUGCAACAACAAUCUCAAGAUAUUCUUAAUGCAAUGCAUAUUGUUUCUACAUCAAAGUUACUUCUUCAACAAUUAAGAGAUGGUGGAUGGUGCAAUUUUCUUGCAAAUGUUAAAGAUUUUUGUGAAAAACAUGAAAUUGAAGUCCCUAAUACGAGUGCACAAUAUGUUUUUGGAAGAGGUCGAUCUCGUCAACCAAGUGUGACAGUUGAGCAUCAUUAUCGAAUGGAUGUAUUCUUGGCAACAAUUGACUCUCAAAUACAAGAGUUGAAUAGUAGAUUUAAUGAGCAAACAAUAGAGCUUUUGACUUUGAGUUGUGCUUUGGAUCCUAAGGACAAUUUCAAAUCAUUUAAUAUUGAAGAAAUUAGCAAGUUAGCAGAGAAGUUUUAUCCCCUUGGCUUUCCUUCUAAUGAGCUAAAUAUUUUGAAAUCUCAGUUGCAACAUUAUCAGCAUGAUAUACCAAAUCAUUUGAAAGGCAUUGGUACACUUUCUGAAUUGUGCAACAAGUUGCAAGAAACGGAAAAAUCAAGAACUUCUCACAUGGUUGAUAGAUUAAUAUGUCUUGUUUUGACUCUACCAGUGUCUACAGCAACAACAGAAAGAGCUUUUUCAGCAAUGAAAAUUGUUAAGACAAGACUCCGAAGUAAGAUGGCUGAUGAAUUUCUUGCAGACAAUUUGGUCAUCUAUAUAGAAAAAGAAUUAGCAGCUAUUUUCAACACAAAUUCAAUUAUAGAUGAUUUUGAAAAUAGAAAAAAACGUCGAAUAGCCUUUUCAUGA